AUGCAUGAUUUCUUAUUCGUUUAUUCUAAGAAAUGUAUGAAUGCAUAAGAGUACACAACUCUUCGGCCUAAACUCCAUCAAUAAAUACAAACUUGGUGAAACCAAUGUUCUCCGUGCAUUGCAAACCAUAAACGUCUUUUAACUACUUCUACUCAAGCAGUCAAUUAAGCUAAGCGUAACAAUGGCUUCACUGCAACAAGCUCUGGUGAAUGGAAAAUUCAAUGAGAAGCAAAAAGCAGCGAUCGAAAAGGCGAUGCAGAAAGCACAAAAUGUGGUAAACAACAACAAGAGUGCAAAGGAUGAGGAACAUGACUUGGCUGUAGUAAUAUGUUGUAUGGAGAAUAUCCAGGUUCGACCAAUAAUGCAUAUGAAAACCCAUGACAUUCAAGGAAAAUUCAUGGCCAAUGCCACCCCUACUAAGAUGAUAGGUGGAGAAGCUGGUGGGUCGUUCGUGCAUAAAGGAGCUUAUUCGGAAGGACCGCUUCAAGUAGUUGUAGGCUCCAAGGGUGCAGUCAUAUAUGGUACCAUUGAUAAGAUGGUUCCAGGUCUUGGAUAUCUCUUAGCUUGGGACAGACCUGACGAUUCCCAUGCAACUAACAAGGUGUAUGUGGAAGCUGGUGACCCUAGCAAGCUGAUGAAAAUGGAGUGGAGUGAUAUUCAAACAAAAAUGAAUAAAUCAGACACCUACAGUGAAUUCUUAGACAAAGACACAAGUGCUUCAGCCUCUGCUGAACUUAGGUACAUUGGCAAUAAUGCGGCUCUCGUUGAUGCCAACUUCGAUCGUGUCGUCGCUAAUUAAUUACUCGAUUGUCUGAAAUUUAGUCUAAGGGGCACCUAAGACUUUUUCUAUUAUGCAACUUAUUUCGUGUUUACUGUAUGCUUUUCAAUAAAUAAAGCCCCUUGGAUUUGUAAUGUACAUUAGAUCAUGAAAUUGAAUAUAAUACUAUUAAGAUGAUAAUAAAGGUCGUAAGUUGCGACAA